AUGGGGCAAGAAAUGUCUACACAGAGUGAUAUACAAAAUGAAGAUCAAAAGGGAAACAAAAGAAAUUUAAAGGGGACCCAAGGAAAAAAUGGAUUGAAAGAAAGAAGUACUAGUAUAUCAAAAGAAAUCGUUAAAAAUAGUUUUAAUAAUAGUAAAUUAAGACCUGGUAUGUUCAUACAAAAUAGUAAUGUAGUAUUUAAUGAGCAAUAUAAAGGGAUCAAAAUUUUAGGAAAGGGUUCAUUUGGUGAAGUUAUAUUAAGUAAAGACAAACAUACAGGUCAUGAAUAUGCAAUUAAAGUAAUUAGCAAAAAGCAUGUUAAAAGAAAAACAGAUAAACAAAGUCUAUUAAGAGAAGUAGAAUUAUUAAAAAUGUUAGAUCAUAUAAAUAUAAUGAAAUUAUAUGAAUUUUUUGAAGAUAAUAAUUAUUAUUAUUUAGUAUCUGAUGUAUAUUCUGGAGGUGAAUUGUUUGAUGAAAUUAUUAGUAGGAAACGAUUUUAUGAAGUAGAUGCAGCUAGAAUAAUUAAACAAGUAUUAAGUGGUAUUACAUAUAUGCAUAAAAAUAAUGUAGUACAUAGAGAUUUAAAACCUGAAAAUAUUCUUCUCGAAACAAAAAAUAAAGAAGAUAUGAUUAUAAAAAUUAUUGAUUUUGGAUUAUCAACCCAUUUUGAAUAUAGUAAAAAAAUGAAAGAUAAAAUAGGUACUGCCUAUUAUAUUGCUCCGGAUGUUUUACACGGAACUUAUGAUGAAAAAUGUGAUAUAUGGUCAUGUGGUGUCAUAUUAUAUAUUCUCUUAUCAGGUUGUCCACCUUUUAAUGGGUCUAACGAAUACGACAUUUUAAAAAAGGUUGAGACUGGAAAAUAUACAUUUGAUUUACCUCAAUUUAAAAAAAUAAGUGACAAAGCGAAAGAUUUGAUAAAAAAAAUGUUGAUGUACACAAGUGCUGUGAGAAUAUCAGCAAGAGAUGCAUUAGAACAUGAAUGGAUAAGAUUAAUGACAAGCAAAGAUAAUGUAAACAUUGAUAUUCCAUCUCUUGAAUUAAGUAUUACAAAUAUAAAACAAUUUCAAAGUACACAAAAGUUAGCACAAGCCGCAUUAUUAUAUAUGGGAUCAAAAUUAACAACAAUAGAUGAAACAAAAGAGCUUACUAAAAUUUUUAAAAAAAUGGAUAAAAAUGGAGAUGGUCAAUUAGACAGAAAUGAAUUAAUAAUAGGAUAUAAAGAAUUGUUAAAAUUAAAAGGAGAUGAUACAACUGAUUUAGAUAAUGCAGCUAUUGAAGUUGAAGUUGAUCAAAUUUUAAGUUCUAUAGAUUUAGAUCAAAAUGGAUAUAUAGAAUAUUCAGAAUUUUUAACAGUUGCUAUUGAUAGAAAAUUAUUAUUAUCAACUGAGAGAUUAGAAAAGGCGUUUAAAUUAUUUGAUAAAGAUGGUUCAGGAAAAAUAUCUGCAAAUGAAUUAGCUCAAUUGUUUGGAUUGGGAGAUGUUAGUUCUGAUUGUUGGAAAACUGUUUUGAAGGAGGUUGAUCAGAAUAACGAUGGAGAAAUUGAUUUUAAAGAAUUUAGAGAUAUGUUAAUAAAACUAUGUAACUAUUAA